GCCGGGGGGACAUGUCUGGCCCCACGGAGCAGAGGUUGGCUCAGUACCGUGCUUCCCGCGGCGCCGCACAGCCUGCGGCUCCCACUGCUGGGCCCGACAGCGGCUGGAGGUCGGGCCGCUCCGCCCAGGGGGCGCCCAGGCAAGCCGAGGCAGCGGCAGGUCCCCCCUCAGGGUGGGCGCUGUGGCUGGCAGGGCACGUGUCCUUGCUGAAGUUCCUCCUGUGGCUGGUGCUGCUGGGGCUGUUCCUGGAGCUGGAGCUGGGGCUGCCCUACCUGGUGGUCUCCUCGCUCUACUGGCUGUGUGCCGGGACCCAUGGGCUGGGGCAGCGACGCCGUGGGGAGAUGAGCGCCUACUCCGUUUUCAACCCUGGCUGCCAGGCUAUCCAGGGCACCCUGACUGCGGAGCAGCUGGAGAGGGAGCUGCACUACCGCCCCUUGGCUGGGACCUAGCUCCUGCGUGUCCCAUGAAGGCCUUACUCCAGGCAAGGACUUUCCUCCUUCCCAGGAUGCAAAGGAUGAGGUAGAGGCCCUCGUGGAGUUGGAAGUGCCCUACGGAGCCGGGUGAUCUGAGGGGGAGAGCACAGCAACUGGAACAGUAGCUGAGGGAGAAAAUGGUCCACUUCUCCUCCUCCAACACACCUGCUCUCCUGAAUGUGACAGACAAGAUGCUAACCAUACUGUGGAAAACCACUUACCACUGG